AUGCACGACAGGGCACAGGGAACGGUCCUCGCCCUGGUCAACAAGCAGAUUACGGGCGAGCGCAACUUGUCAGAGUCCGUGCUGUCCACGCAUGAUAUCCCCACAGUUGGGCUCGCCGCCUGGGGCCUCGGGUUCUGGUCCCCCAAUGUGCUGGUCGUGGACUUCAUGCGCACAUGCGACAGAACAAGCCCAGCGCUGCAGAAGCGGCUCCUCGCCCGCCUGCCCUCUUGGGCCAAGUCGAUGACGAACUGGAGCCCAGAAGCCUUCGCGACGAGGUCUCGGCUUCAGUGGCAGUGCAUCGACUGCUCGGGGGCUUGCAGCCUGGACAAGGCCUUGGCAGAGCACGUGGAGAAGCUGGUGAAGCAACUGUAUGGCGGUGGGUAA